AACAUGGAAUCCAUUUGUUAUUGUUCAUUUAACGAAAAUUGUGUUAAAAUAAAAUGCUUAUUUAAAGCAAAUAUUUAAAUAUUUAAUAUAAAAUAAAUAUGUAAAAACAUUGUAGUGAAGUGUUAGUGUGUAAUAAGUCGAGAAAUUGUAAAAUAAAAUUUGUCAAAUUUUCAACUUAAAAUGCAAAUAUCUCGAAAACUAUAAGUUUCCGGUUAUAUAUAUUCGUGAUCUGGAGAAUCUCCUCUAUCCAACCAUACUCCUCUUAACCCUGAAAUCGUGGGAUGCUAAACUAAAGUUUUCCCCAUUUUUACCCAAUUUGGUCCAGUUUUUGGUUUAAAAAAAAUGUCAAACGGUAACCGUGCCUUAAACUCUUGAGUUCGAUCACUAAUUUAAUGGCUAUACACUUAUCUUUAUUUCUAAUAUAAACAUUUUAACACUUAUUACUCGUUAUUCGAGUUUGGAACUUAGUGUUUAUAGUUGUUUACUAAGCAGCACACUAAUUAGAACUGUAGUUUUUUAUGAGCCGGCAGCCUUAAUAUAGAAGAUUUUUACCAAAACAUCGCUACUCCAACAUUCUAGUAGUUUAUCGGUGAUUCUAUUUUGUUCUGGCAUUUGUGUUCGCCACAAUAAUACGUCUCAAUAUAUUCAACUGUGAAUGAAUUGUGCAUGUAAAAAGAAGCAGCCUCUGUUAAAAAUAUUCAGUUUUGUAUUUAUUUAUUAUUAGCUGUAAGAACAGACGGAAACGUUGUAUUUCUACAAUACGAAGACAUUGUUUCGGCAAGUGCACGCUAUAGUAAAUGACGACAUAAAAUAAUGGGAAUAGAAAAGGAUGACGUUGGUCCAGAAUCAAGUGAGAAUGAAGAUGGAAUUGCGGACACAGGAAACGGAAGAAUUCCAAAUGCCCUAUUUGUAAGACCGAACGCUUCUCCUGGUUACUGGCUGUGUUUGCUACUUCCACUUGCCUUUGCUUCAAACUUAAUCCACGAAAACCAAUGUAAUGGGCAAGUUUCCACGCAACCCAUACUCACAAUUGCCGCAAUCGGUAUGAGCAUAGAAAACCUCUGCUUCUUUUUGAAUAUAUACUGCAAGACGACUUUGCUGCUCAAACUAUUUAUUGCAUUUGUACCUGGCUUUAUUACCGCAAUAUUAUACAAAGUUUUAUUGCAACAGUCGUGGAGCUAUGGACUAUUUUUGGGCUUUAUCAUAACCUUUAUAUAUCAGAAUUCUUACAUGCGUGUACUAUGUGGAUUACCCGAUUGUUUUAGCUUCGGCGAGGCAUCUAUACUCGUUCAGGGAUUGAUGCUUUUCCUAUUAAAUGUAAUUUUAAAGUUUUUCAGUUUAUUGCGAAAAACUGGAAAUAGGAGUACAUUUGAAGAUCUUAAUAUUAUAAUGCUGUGUGCACUAACUUAUCUUCUUGCAAUCUGUUGGUUACUAUCGGCUGCCAAAGCUCUACGCGGGCCUGCCUACUUUUAUGCCUUAAUGUUUAUUUUAGUUAUAGGUGUAACAUGCACUCCUAUUACGAUUCCAGUGCCCAUAAUUUUCUUAUUGAAUUUUAUAUUACAAGACCAAGUUAGGGUUAACAUAGUUGUUUUCUACCUAAUAUUGGUGGUGUUGACAAUUUUGACUGUGAGGUGGCAAAUUGGCAAUGGGGAGAAAGCUUCCACAAGAAUAAGAAAAAUAUUUCAUAUCCUUAUAGUGCUUGUGUUCGUACCUGGAAUAAUUUAUCAAUGUAGUUUUCUAUAUAUUGCUACUGGAGUGGCUUUUGCAAUUUUCACUGUUUUUGAACUAAUUCGUGUUUGCAACAUACCGCCACUGGCUAUACCUUUGCGCAGAGCAUUCGCAUCAUUCUCCGAUGAGAAAGAUUCUGGUUUACUCGCAUUAACACCAUUCUGUCUACUUAUUGGCUGUUCCAUGCCCCUUUGGAUAAGCUCUUGCCCUUGUGGGGAAAAUGUGUAUACGAAUGAACAUUCCCAAAUACUUCCAGUUUUAGCUGGAGUUCUGACUAUUGGAUUCGGCGAUACUGCUGCCAGUGUGGUUGGUUCAAAAUUUGGCCGCAUUAAGUGGCGUUGCUCGAAAAAAUCUUUAGAAGGUACUUUAGGAUUUAUGGGGAUGACUUUUUUGGCAACAAUGUUUUUAAACUACUGUGGUUACAUUAAUUUGACACCUAUGAAGUGGUUUACCACAGCAAUAGCAAUAUUAACAACUUCCUUAGUUGAGGCGCAUACAGAUCAAAUAGAUAACUUAACACUUCCCUUAAUAUUUUAUAUAAUUGUGAAUAUAUAUUAAUAAUAACUACCGUGUUGAUUGAAAGUACAUAUAUUUAUAUGUACAAAUUUCAAUAAUUUAUUUUAGUUAGUUGUAAAUCUUUUAAAUAUGUAAUUUAUAUAAAAUUAAACUUUUUAUUUUUACAAUAUAUUUUUCAGUUUUUAGAUGAAGUUUUAGUAUAAUAAACCGAGAAAAUUAUUUAUAUGUUUGACUUAAUACGGAUUAAUGGAUAUUUGCGGUUUUAAAAUGAUUUGCCGUAUGUCAUGUAUACUUCCACCACAAUAUUGUUUAUUUCAGCCUUUUUUGUUAAGAUUGAAAGAGAAGUCGUAAAGUUAUCAUAAAUUUAUUAAAAGAUCCCGAGAACUCUGCAAGAUCUCGAGCAGUGGACGACAUAAAGCAAUUAUGACUGGAAAACAAGAGUGCAGUUUUGUGUAUUGCGUACAUGAUAUUGAUAUGGGUUGAACGGAACUAUUAUAAGAAAUAUAUAAAAUGCAUUUGAUUAUAUGAUCAUUUGAAAUGAUUAUUCCCACUUUUUAACAGCUUUCGUUAACGCCAAAGAUAUUCAGCAAGUUCACAUAUUAGUGUGAGACGAUCAUAGUUAAGACGGAAUAGUUUUAUUCAUCUAACGGUUGUUUGUUACACUUAAACUAACGCCACAGGAGCCGCCUAACACCAAGCGGCAGCAAUGCACAGGGGCAUGGAGUAUACUUUAAAGGAGGGAUGUUGCAGGUGGACUGCAAGGACGAGAGGUCUGCUAGCUGGCUAAAGGAGAUCGCUUUCAAGCUGGAAGGGCCCCGUCUUCUGCGCAAAAAAGGGGGAGACAUACCGCCCAUGCAUAGCAUGACGGUGUUCCUCCCCAGGUGCGCAGGUAAGCCAUAUAAGUUUGCUCUCGGGCUCAUUCAAAAUCAGAAGGAGGGCCUUAGCAUAUCGGCCUGGCGAGUAGUCACCAGCAAGGUCGAGGAUUCAGGGUGGAGGCUCAAUCUCUGCAUCGAUGACGAAUCGUAUAAAUUCGUCAGGAGAGCGAGCUUCCGACUGAACUACAGAUUCACCUCGGUGGUCCUGAGGCCUGUUAAGCCUAAGACGGCCACCGAAAGCGAAACGGGGGAGAAGAUGCUGGUAGAUGAGGUUGCGACUCAUCCCGGCACCAGUACGUUGGAGCAGGCGGCAACUGCCGAAACCAUGGUGAUGGUCCCUACGAAGAAGGCUGGCGAACAAGGGGGGGGGCGCUACCCUCCACGCAAGAGCUUCUCGAGGGACUCAAGGACCUAGCGGGUGGCAACGCGGAGGACGGCGAAGGUGAGGAGCUCCUCAUGGAACCGAUCUUAUAGUGGGUCCACAAAUAGAAGUUGCCCAGGUGAACCUGCACCACGCGGCGUCGGCCUCGGCUGUCAUCGCGAGCAGGUUCACAGCGGAUGGUCUGGGCAUACUACUGAUCCAGGAGCCAUGGAUCUACAAGGGACAGGUCAGAGGCCUCAAAAUGUGGAAUAAUAAGGUAAUCUGGGAUCUAUCAAGUGAGAGACCCAGAACCUGUAAAGUAAUUAGGAACGAUAUUGAUUUCUUUUGUAUUUCAGGGUUCCUAACACAAGACCUGGUCGCUGUGCAGGCAAAAAGUAACGAAGGAGCGGACUUCGUCCUGACAGCGGCCUACUUUACGAGAGACACGCCGACAGCAAUCCCAGAGGCCGUCGGAAACCUCGUGGAAUACUGCAGGAGGAACAAACUGCCCCUCGUCCUGGGAUGCGACGCCAACGCCCAUCACACGGAAUGGGGCAGCACAGACUGAAAUACACGGGGUGAGUCCUUACUUGAAUUUAUAGUAAGUAGGAAUCUAAGCAUUGUAAACGUGGGGUGCGAACCCACCUUUAUAAUCAGUGUAAGAAGGGAGGUGCUUGCCAUCACUCUUGGUAACGAACUCACGACAGGGCUGAUCGGGCAAUAGAGAGUGUCAUCGGAACCCUCCAUGUCAGAUCACCGCAUCAUAAGAUUCGCACUAGGGGUAGAGGUCAGGCAACUCCCUCCCAGGCGUAUCCCCGAAAACACGGACAGGGCCACCUUUAGGGAUACGCUUGAAAUAAAUCUCAAUAGGAGGGGGCAGCUGGACGGCAGUAAAACUGUCCCUGGUGGUCAAGUAGGCUCUCAGACCUAAGGAAAACGGUACACAAGCUAUUUAACAGGGCUAAGCGUACCGGGGACUGGGAGAACUAUAGGUGCGGCCUAACUGCUUACAACAAGGAGAUUAGGUCAGCAAAGCAGAAGAGCUUCAGGAAGUUUUGUGAAAGCGUCUUCUCAGCGCCAGAGGCUGCAAGGCUGCAUAAGGCUCUGGCUAGGGGCAAGACCGACACAGUACUAGGAAUUAAAAGACCGGAUGGGACCUAUACGUCCAGCGCGGAGGAAAGAGCCACGGCCCUUCUACUUGCGCACUUCCCGGAGACAAUUAGAGAAGACCUAAUUCGACCCAGGGUCGAACAAAAGCCAUCUCGCUUAGAUUGGACAGUCGCAAAACAGCUCUUCACUGCGGAGAAGUGGGCACCAUCAAGUGGGCUGUGGCCUCCUUUGAAAAAUAUAAGUCUCCGGGUGCGGAUGGCAUCCUUCCAGCUUUUAUGCAACAGAGGGGCCAGGUCCUACUGCCCCACCUUGUUCGGCUGAUGAGGGAUAUCCCAGAACCUUGGCGCACUGCAAAGGUGAUCUUAAUACCCAAGGUAGGAAGGAAAGACUAUUCGUUGGCAAACUCAUUUAGACCAAUAAGUCUAACUUCUUUCCUACUGAAAAGUAUGGAAAAGAUCAUUGAUCACGAAAUAAGAUCGAAGGUGCUGAAGGCUGCACCGCUACACGCGAUUCAGCAUGCUUACAGAGCAAGCAGAUUAACCAAUACUGCUCUGUAUCAGCUAACCUCAGAGAUUCGAAGUUCGUUAGACGGGGGUGAGGUGCUGUUAUGCGCCUUCCUUGAUAUCGAAGAUGCUUUUGACAAUACGUCUCACGAGAGCGUGUCAAGAGCACUAGAGAUAAGGGGUGUGGGGGCAGAUGAAGGCCCUAAGUGACGCAAUGCCACUGGCCCUUCUUCCGAGGGACAGCAUUACCAAAACAGUAAGCUUCACUAGGAAGUUCAGGGUCAGCCUUGGCAGUAAGGCAGAAUGGAACGAUUCCACGCUAGACCUACUACUAAGGAACAGUACUAUCAAGUGGUACACCGACGGCUCGAAAACGGCGGAGAGGAUUGGCGCAGUGGUCGUAGGACCACGCACCAGCUCUCCAUUCCCAUGGGAAGUUUUCCUAGCAUAUUACAGGCGGAAGUAUAUGCUAUAAGUCGGUGUGUAGAGAUAAACCUCCAACGCGACUAUCGCAAUAAGAGUAUCGCCAUACUCAGCGAUAGUCAGACAGCACUUAAACCUCGGCGUUUGAGGUCGAAUCGCUACUAGUGCAGGAGUGUAUAGAACGGCUGAACAGCCUAUCAAGUCUCAAUAGAAUGCACCUCAUCUGGGUGCCUGGUCCCAGGGGUAUAGCAGGAAAUUAACUGGUUGACGAGUUGGCCCGCUCUGCAGCCUCAUCAAACAUGGUAGGACCAGAACCGUGCGUAGCGGUUGGUCCACACACCAUUAAAGAGCUGCUCCGUAAAGAGGAAAGAGCAGGCAGGGAGAGACAUUGGCAACAUCUUCAAGGCAUGCGCCAUGCCAAGUUGCUAAUGGGGGGUUAUAACCUCAGACGGUUUAAAACCGUAAUCAAUCUCCCGAGGAACAAAUUCCGACUUCUGGUCGCGUUCUACACCGGCAUACCUCAAAAUUAAUCUAUCUAUCUAUCUACUUUAACAUUAAGAUUAGAUCUUUUACCGGUACAUAUUAUUUUAGACAUAAUGUGAGUUCUUACCAAAAGUUGUAAAAAUUUACCCAAAACAUCCGCAUAACCAAUACAAUUAUUUUCAUUGAUUGGAAUUGAUUCACAAUUUCGUCGAGUAACGAAUUGAGUUAAUUUGUAACCGUUUUUAUUAUAAAGUUUUGUAGACACUUUUUAAAUUUUUACGUGCCAGAGUCUGACGAAUUGUGAGAGUAUAUAAUGCACCCAAACGUACCCUCUCCUUACUCCUUCUCUCUCAUUUUACACAUUUACUUUCAUUCUGUCUUGGAGCAAUAAGUAAAUGUAGUCGUUAUAGUUAAGUUUCUAAUUUCUAAUAACGUUCAGUAGUUCUAUUUGGAAAUUAAAAUUGUUUUUUGGAUAAAAAAAAUUAAAUCAAUUUAAUCUGCAAAGAGCGACAUCAUAAAAUCUCCAAAUAUUAAAAUAGUAUAUCCUUGGUUUAAAGGAUGGACUGCUGAAAACAUUGUUGCAA